ACAGCUCUCUCUCUCUCUCUCUCUCUCUCUCUCUCUCUCUGUUUAUAUAUAUGUGUGUGUAUAUAUAGUUAAACUCUAACUCAAUCUCUUUGGGCAGAGGAAGGGAAGAGUAAGAUGGCGGCUGCUACGAGUAGUGCGUCGGUCAUCACUUCUUCAUCCCAAACUCUAUUUGCCGCUCCUUCUUCUGUUUCUGCCAACAAUCUUUCAACUACAUACGCUAAUAGUUUCACGGGGGCUCGCUUUCCUGGUUAUCUUCCAAAGAAGAGGAGAUCCAUCAAGAUUGAUGGAAAGAUUACUGCUGCUGCCGCUACUAGUACUGUUCCUGUUGCAGCAAAUCCUGCCAAGGAAUUCAAAGAGUUUUCACUUCCUACUUGGGCCGAAUUUGAUCUUGGAAGAGCCCCUGUUUACUGGAAAACUAUGAAUGGGCUUCCUCCAAGUUCUGGGGAGAGGCUGAGGAUUUUCUACAAUCCAGCUGCAAGCAAACUUGUUCCAAAUGAAGAUUUUGGAAUUGCUUUUAACGGAGGCUUCAACCAGCCCAUAAUGUGUGGAGGCGAACCAAGGGCUAUGGUCAGGAAAAAUAGGGGCAAAGCCGACCCCCCAAUAUACACAAUUCAGAUAUGCAUUCCCAAGCACGCUGUAAAUCUGAUCUUCUCCUUCACGAAUGGAGCUGAGUGGGAUGGUCCCUACAGGCUACAGGUUCAAGUUCACAAGCCUUGGCUAAAUAGGCCAAUUGGCUUCUUUAAUGAGGGUCUUGCAGAAGAGUUGGGUAAGGAAGGUGCGUGUGACCAGGCAAUAUUUCCAGACACAAACAUUGUCAUCACCAGAUGUGCUAUGAUCGGAAAUUUGACUGUGGAAGGAGGUGAUCGCUGCAAUCUUGAUCUGGUACCAGGAUGCACGGAUCCGAGCUCUCCAUUCUUUGACCCGCUUGCUACUGUAGAUGAUGGGUCAUGCCCAAUUGACUCAGAUUCAGAGGAAUUAGCUUAUUAAUCCGGGAGAGUUAAGAGUUAGAUCAUUAAAGAUGCAGAUAUCUCAUUCAUUGUUGUUACCCUGUCUCCAGUCAUAUACCGUCUAUACAUUAGCAUGCACAUAUAUAUAUGUAUAUACAGGGAGGGUGAAGAAUCCCAAUUUAAUAUAAUUUAAUUAUGAAAAUUAACUCUUGAA